GGCUGACCAGAAAAAAAAAAACAAAAAAACAAAAAAACAAAAUCCGAUAAUUUAAAUUUAAAACGUAUUUUAGGGUUCCUUUUACAGCGAAAAUGGCGGUUCUUAGAACGACAACGAACAUGAUUCUCAGACACAUCCUUCAACCAUACCUGUCAUUUCCUCCAUCAAUCCGUACGACUCUGCUUCGCUCCUCCAAUGGCGAAAUCAGAAUCGGCAGUGUCCGGUGCGCCGCGUCGAAUUCGGGAAGUGGCGGGAACAAGGUGUCGGCUCGGCUCUCUCAGGUCAACCAACUCUUGCAAGCAGCCGAGGAGCGAGCUCUCUCCGCUGACACCCAGCCCCCUCCUAAGAUCACUUUAGACCAUGUAACUGUGAGUUUUGCAAGAAGUGGGGGACCUGGAGGUCAGAAUGUCAACAAAGUGAAUACCAAGGUGGACAUGCGCUUCAAUUUACAAAAGGCGUAUUGGCUAAGCGAAUGGAUCAGGGAGAGGAUUUUGCAAAUGGAGAAGAAUCGGAUUAACAAGGAUGGGGAGCUUGUGAUUUCUUCAACAAAGACUCGAACACAAAAGGGUAACAUUGAAGAUGCUCUUGAAAAACUCCAGGCAAUCAUUGAUGCUGCUUCUUAUGUCCCACCUCCUCCCUCAGAAGAGCAAAAGAAGAAGAUUGCUAAAAUGGCUGCUAUUGGCGAACAAAAACGCCUUAAGAGCAAGAAGGUUCUUUCAGACAAAAAAGCAUUCAGAAGAAGUCGAGACAGUUGGGACUGACCUACUCCACGUAUGGUCAGACUCACAGUUUGUUGAGAAUUUUUGUAUAUGUCGAGGAGAGGUCGAUGCAUUUGCGAUUCCAUGAUCAUAUGGAGAAACAGUUCAAGUGAUGGAAUUUUAUCAGACACUUUGGAUUCAAGAGCAGACUGCUGAAGAUACCAAUUGUUGGACAGAAUUAGUUCUUUUGAUGUAAAAUGACCAUAUGUCUAUAGGCUUUCAGACAGAAAACAUGAUGACUGUUACUGGAUGUACACAGAUCAACUAAUAGCUGCUCUGAAGAUAAAUCUUUUGUCACAUUGUAUGACAUUCUCAAUGGUUAGGGCUUUCUAUUGGCAUUGGUGGUUAAUUGGUUUGCU